CUCUUUCGAGGCAGAAACGAUGCGGACCCCGCCAGGGGGCUGCGUGAAGAGCUUGGGUUAAAAGGCUAGGCGGGCGGAGGCCAAAGAGCGGCCGCGUGUCAGCGAGUUCGAAGUCCGGCUUCUUUCGCCCGGCCCCUUGGUGAUGUCGGCAAGGCUGUUAAAGUUCCCUUCAGACCUAGAGGAACUGCAAGAACUUGCAGAAUUUCUACAGUACUAUAACAGAGAGCACCAUGCAUAUGUGCUGCUGCUGUUCUGCAGUGCCUACCUGUAUAAACAGUGCUUUGCCAUCCCUGGUUCAAGCUUUCUGAACAUACUUGCUGGAGCUCUCUUUGGACCAUGGAUGGGACUCCUGUUGUGUUCUACCUUGACUUCUGUGGGCGCUACCUGUUGCUAUGGGCUGUCCAAUAUCUUUGGAAAACAAUUUGUCAUCUAUUAUUUUCCUGAUAAAGUAGCUAUGCUUCAAAGAAAGGUGGAAGAGAACAGAAGUUCAUUGUUUUUCUUCUUGUUGUUUCUGAGGCUAUUCCCUAUGAGCCCAAAUUGGUUUCUGAAUCUCACAUCUCCCAUCUUGAACAUUCCCGUGACUCUGUUUUUCAUCUCUGUUUUCAUAGGUCUCAUGCCAUAUAACUUCAUCUGUGUCCAGACAGGUUCGAUCCUUUCACAGAUCUCCUCCCUUGAUGCCAUUUUCUCCUGGACCACUUUAUUCAAGAUGCUGGCUAUAGCCAUCGUGGCAUUAAUUCCUGGGACUAUCAUUAAGAAAUACAGUCAAAAGCAUCUGAACUUGGACAAAAGUGAGAAGAGUGUUCAUGUGCUCAAUGGAUGGAAGAGCAAUUGAACAGACGGGGAGAGGAUCAGAUACUAAGUCUCUGCUUAUAGGGAAGGUGCAAGUCUUUUUCUAUCAGUUAUUUUGUUUUUAUUGAACUUUUGAAAUACCUAAGAUGGGCUUGGCUGUCUCCUCUCAGUAACAGGUGGCAGAUGGCAAUUUUUCUUAAAUGCUGUCUUUAAGAAAUAACAGAGCCUGGCAAGUCUCAUUUUCAUUUGGUAAUUGUGACUGUUCCGUUGUGUUCAGAAUCAGAAAACUUAAGGAGAAUGGAAAAUCUUUUGCUGCAAAGCUUGAGGAAUUCCAACUGGCAGUAGCUGCCUGGAAGUACCGUUGUAUCAAGGCUGCUUUCUGCGAGGAAAGUGCCUAAUAAAACAAAUUGUAAGUGCUGAUAGUUAUAGCUCUCUUCCCAGAGAAUGGGCUCACAGGCUAAAUGUACUGAGGACUGAUUUACUUGUUACCCUCUUUUAGCAUCAUUCCUUUCAUCAUUCCUUUUCCUUCCCCCUGACUCUUUAAGUAUUCCAGAACUUGGUAUAGGAAGAGAGAACUGGAGAGAUUUGCAGGACCAAACUGGUCCAUGCAUUUCCUUGCACACAAGAAAAAAAUUCUGAUAGAGUCCAGACAAUGAGGGCAGCAGUGCUGCCAGAGUCAGAGCUGUAUUGCCACUUCUUAUACAUUCUCCUCUUUUAUUAUGUGGCUGGGGGCUGCUAACCUCUACUAGCUGCAGCUAGAAGAAGGUCUUCUCCCUACUUGUGAUUCCAAAAUAAUUGAAAAAGCAUUCAAUCCAUUAGGAAGGCAAAGUGGCUAUAAGCACAUUUCUUGAAAAAUUCAGCCUUGGUAACUAGAAGGCAGCCAUCUACUUAUUUUUCUAUGCCAAUACGUACCUUGGGAAAUUGUUAUAACAUUUUGACAGCGCCCAACAUGGAGCUAUAUAGAAAGCAAGGACUUUCCUUUGCCUCACAAAAUCAGUUUCUGUUUUCUGCUAUAUUGUGUAUUAACACAGAAACUUUGCCUUCUCUCUUCCACGAAGAACUGACAUAGUAGGGCUGAGAUAUUAUGUUGCAUCUUCAGUGGAGGAAUCCAUUGCUUCAGAUAGGAAUAUCUUUGAAUGAAUCUUUCUUUGAGCUGAUUAUUACACUUGAGGUCUUUGCCUUUUUUAACAGUUGCCUUUAACAGUAUCUUCAAUAAUAGUUUUGAACAAUCAGAUUGGUAUUACAAAAAUCAA